AUGGACACCCGCAAACUUCAUCGUUUCACCAUUUCUCUCCUCUUCCUCCUGUUUUCAAGCUGGACAUGUCUGAGAUUUACUGCUGAAGUUGUAACUGGCGAGAGGUUGCAGGACGAGAAGGAAAUCCUGGCAGCCCAAAUCGGUUCAAGGCCGCCGAAGUGCGAGAGAAGAUGCAGUACCUGCGGGCACUGCGAGGCCAUUCAAGUGCCCACGAACCCACAAACAAGAACUGGCCAUGGAAGCUACCCUUCUUCAAUCCCAAGCAUCAGCUACUCCAGAGGCGAUGAGAGCUCCAACUACAAGCCCAUGAGUUGGAAAUUAAAACAAUAA